AUGAUCUUGACGGCCAAGGACUUUUGCAACAGCACCCUUGUUCGCGACGACGGCCGCUCCGCCGAAGACAAGAUUGCCGGGGACUCUCUGAGCGUCGCCCGCCAGCCGCGCACAACACCAUCCCUCCUGGUCAAUGCUUCACCGAAUUAUAACAUUUCCAGAAACAUGGAAGCGCGGUUACGGAAGUUGCUCUCGCCCAGAAGGCAUAAAGGACAACAGCGAAAUGACACUGCUCCCGAGUUGGAUUUGCAUAGCGUCCCAUACACGACAGCUCCCCAACAAAACCGGUUACCGCUCUUCCACAAAGCGGGCGGUGUUACGACCAAGCAGAGCAAAGUCAACUCACCUCCAGAUCGUCUCCGGUCAUGGUCCUAUGAUGAGGCCGCGCCAGGGAAGCCGCCUGAGCUGGGAGACCGACCUCACCGGGGGAAUGGCCCAGUUAAACUCCAGACAAGUCGUCGCCUGAGCUCCGGGGAGCUCCUGGUCACCGAGCAGGACUACGAUCGAACACUUGAAGACAUCAAACAGGGGGAGUAUAUUGUCGGCGGCAAGGAACGAAGGACUUCUCGAACCUCGUCGCAGCCAAAGCCACUCACCGAGCCUCCCAGUUUCAAGUUCGUCCCGACUGCUUCUAAUUCCCCGCGAGAUCAGGUGUCCUUUUCCAGUCCCAUUUGGCAGCCUCCAUCCGUACUCGGUGAUGUGGCACCACCCACCUCUUCCAGCGGGGCCUCAGGCUCCUUCGGUCACCAAGAACGCUCACAUUCUGCACAGGAAUUUCAUUCUUGCGUCUCCAGUCCCGUUUCCAACACUUACGGCUUCGGCAUCUCCAGCCCAGCCCAGUCAUUCUUCUCACCCUACAUGGCGUCAACCACAUCGCUCCUCGAGCCCCAUGAAGAGCAAAACCCGACGAUCCAAGCGCUUUGGAAGGCGGAAUACGGCCGGCUAGUCUCUAUAUACGGACAAGACGGCGUCGACCGAACCAUAGGAGAGCUCAACAGAGAUCGAGCGCAAGGCGUUCAACCACCGCCUUUGCUUUCCACCCGGAAUAUCCCUUACUCGGCGUCGUCGGUGUCACUUAACCAGAUCUUUCAGCGGCCACCGGAUUCAAUCAGACGUGGCCUUGGAAUCAAGGCCUCCGGAUCGACGCCCAACCUCGACCUCGCCUAUCUGGAUGAACACUCUGAUCGCUCAUCUCACGCCAGAUAUUCGCACCUUUCUUCGAGCGCUGCCUCGUCUUCCUUUACGACGCGGACCAGCAUCGCCGAAGAUCCCAGCAUCAGCAGAGACGACAUUCGCAAGAUUGUCGAUGAAAUGCGCACGACUUAUCUUCAUGCCAUCGAAGCCCACACUCCUCUCCCACCUCUGCCUGAUCCGCCAGUGAAGAAGCCUCGAUCCAAGAAGGAGACUCCCUCGCUCGUGUCGUAUGCCUCGGUGGAUAGCAGUCUCAGAUCAGCCAGCCGGCAGUCAACCAGCCGCACUAAAUCAUGGCAAUCAGCGACCACUCAUAUGACGACGCCACGGACGUCAGUCUCGUCGCCUAUGACCAGGUCGAAACGGACCAGCUCCGCGACAAGUCGACGAACCUCUGGCCAGGCUGGAGCCGGCAUUGGUAUUCUACCAGCCAUCCAAGCGAGCCCGGCCAAAUCGAACAGAAGUGAGACUCGGAAGAAGAAGAACGACGAUGAUGUCGGCUUGAAACGCGCCGACUCGACCACGUUGGGUGCCAUGGCCCGAAAGCUUACCAUCCUCGACGACCGCCAUUCAAGUACCCCGUCCCAGCCGACUGUUGAUUCGCCUCCUAUAUUCUACAACUCGUCAAGGUCAGACUCAGAUUCGGGGUGUGAAAUGAGCCCUCCGCCCGUGUCACCUAAACACUCGCCCGUCAAACCUUUGUCAGUGCAGCACACUCCAGAGAAACACAGACCGGUUGUGCGCCAAGUUUCACCACUUUCGAAGCAACCGUGGCAGAUCGACGUGGACCAGAUCUUGCCGGAUGAAGAGCUUGAGUUGGCUCUGGACAUUGACGAUUUCGAAGCGUUGUGCGACGGGCUCUUCAAUACGGCGGCCGUGGAGCCGGAACCGCAAUUCAACGUGCUCCAAACAUGGGACGGCGAGGACAAAGCAGACGGUGAUACGAUAGCCAUUGACGGUCCUAGAAUCUCGAAGAUGCCGCAGGUUUUGAUGGGCCAGAAGGGCCUGGGUCUGACUGGGCUUCACACGAUGAUAUGA